CCUGUUUUUACCCGGGUGUCGUUUCGACCUAAAGCUGGAGCUCAAGUCGGGCAGGCAAGGGUGGCAGGACGUCGAAGGCGGAAGUGAACCUUUUCGAAAGCUUUCGUUACUGACGUUAGAAUUCGUGCGCGAAAGCGAAGGCAGAACAGAAGCCUGAAAAACCGUUGUUGCUUGGAUAAAGGUUUUUCAGCAGCAGUGAAAUAUCUGUUUUGCAAGCUAAAGACAUGUCUUAUGCAUCGUGGAAUCAAUCGAAAACUGGAGGAGAAAAUUUUGGUCAGGUGACUGCUAGGAUGGAAACCAUGCCAUCAUUUGGAAUGCCUAGCAUCUCGGUGUCUCAGCAACAAUCUCCUAAGAAGUUUGCACCUGUUGUUGCACCAAAACCAAAAUUUAAUCCGUAUAAGCAACUGGGAGAAGGGAACCAGAGUGAAGGUGACUUCCCACCACCACCGCCUUUGAUGGAUGAAUUUAGCCAUAUCCCGCCUCCCACUGGCUCCUUGCCUCUACCACCUCCACCUACAGAUGGAGCAGCCUGUAGUACUGAGGUCAAGAUACCAGAGAAAACCUUGGAGGAAAGGAGAUCCAGUUUGGAUGCUGAGAUUGACUCUCUAACCAGCAUUUUAGCUGAUUUAGAGAACAGUUCUCCUUAUAAGCCGCGGACUCAGCAGAGUUUUGGAGGGCCUGGAAUAACCUCUCCAACUGCAUCAACUCCUGUCACUGGCCAUAAGCGCAUGGUCAUUCCUACUCAACCACCACUGACUGCAACUAAGAAGUCCGCCACCAAGCCUCAACCACAGGUUCCUGCUACAAUCGCUGCCAGUGGGCCUAAACCUCAAUCCCAGUCACAGCUUCAGCCUGUUCCAGCCUCUUACACAACUGCAUUUACUCCUGGCCGCCCUACGUACAAUGUGCAAGUGAGGCCAGCUCAACCUACACCUCAGUACACGCCACCAAUCCCACAGCCUGCACUUGGAUUAUCUCCUGGUUAUAAUCAACAAUAUCCUCAACAGAGGUCUCCUGGUACAGGCCAACAUAUCACCAACCAGCCUAGGGGACCUGACUUUGCUUAUGGGCCCCAACAACCAGUACGCCAGCAAGACCCUGCUUCAUUCUUUGCUCCUCCUCCACCAAAAUCUCAUGUUGAUCCCCACUAUGUUGCUGGGCCAGUUCAGGGUUCAUAUGGGGCAUCUAAUACCUGGAGGCCAGAGAUGAGCUAUGCCACCAGCAAUACUGGUAACCCAGGCUACCAGCCUUCUGCGCCAAAGAAAACAUAUAUCACAGAUUCACCUCCUUUGAGCAUGGUACCCACACAGCAGCAUGGAUCCACAACAGGACCUAAGAGUGGAUUCCAGGCUUCUGUGCCCUCAGUGGGAACUCCAACCCCUAGCAACUCAGGAAGUAGGCCUGAAGAUGAAUUGGAGCUCCUCACCAAGAAAAUGCUGUAUGAUAUGGACAACCCCCCUACUGAGGAGUAUUUUGGCCGUUGUUCUCGCUGUGGCGAGAAUGUGGUUGGUGAAGGCACUGGGUGUACUGCAAUGGACCAGGUUUUCCAUGUGGACUGUUUUACCUGUAUGACCUGCAGCCGUAAACUUCGUGGUCAGCCUUUCUAUGCUGUGGAGAAGAAGGCCUUCUGUGAGCCAUGUUAUAUUAAUACUCUGGAGCAGUGCUCCAUCUGCAUGAAGCCCAUUAUGGAGAGAAUCCUCCGUGCCACAGGGAAGGCCUAUCACCCGCACUGCUUCACUUGUGUCGAGUGUCAUCGCAGUCUGGAUGGCAUUCCUUUCACUGUGGAUGCCAACAACCAGAUCCACUGCAUUGAGGACUUCCACAGGAAAUUUGCUCCACGUUGCUCUGUGUGUAAAGAGCCAAUCAUGCCUGCUGAAGGCCAAGAAGAGACGGUGCGCAUUGUGGCGCUGGACCGAGACUUCCACGUUCAGUGCUAUCGCUGUGAGGAUUGUGGAGUUCUGCUGUCAGAAGGCGACCAUCAAGGCUGCUAUCCUCUGGAUGGUCACAUCCUCUGUAAGACCUGCAAUACUUCUCGGAUUCAAGCCCUGACUGCCAAGGCCACCACUGACCUCUGAGGGAUUACAUUCAUGGUUCACUCAAACAUAUACACGUAUACAUGUGUAAUGUACACAUUCGUGUUAAAAAUAAUAAUGGAAAUGUUUACAAAAACAAACCCUUAAAAAGUGAGAAGAAACAUUAGAAAAUUUUACUAUUCUAAAGAUUUUUAUGUUCUAAUUGCUAUGCAAGCUUUUUGCUCUAAUGAUACAAUUAACAAGGAGAUUGAUCUUUGUAAUUUGUUAUACUUAGUGCUUUGUUUGCUUUGAAAUCUGAACCUACUUGCAGUUCACAUUCCUAGCAGAAAAGAUCUUUAAGCAGUCGAGAAGAUUCCUAUUUAUAAAGUUGCCCUGACUUUUUCUGGUUGAUGUCUUGCAUUCACAAUCCUGGCUGUCAAGAUGGCUUCCUAACUGUUGCUCCAUCACAAAUCCAAGUUUUCCCCUGCCAUCCAUUUGUAUGGGACUUCUUUGGAAUAUGCAGGAAUAUGUCCUGUGCUGAUAUCAAACACGUAACCGGAUGACACAUGCAUGCAUCCAAACAAAAAGGUCACCCAGCCAUCAGCUAAAAUUACAAAUUCUUAGGGGUAAGAAUAUCAGCAUAGUGACACCCUGAAUCUCAGAAUAGGCUGCGUCUGCCAGGAGAGGUAUGUUUUUCUUUUUUGGGUAACACUAAUUACCAGAUGGUUUGAUCAAAGCCGGUGAUACUUUUGAUUACUUUAGUGUGAUGGAAUGUUUACCUAAUAAUAAGGAAUGUCACCAUUUAUAUUACCUUAUGAGAAUGAGCUUUUUGCCAAAGAGUAUACUUGAAGGGUCACAACACACACACACACACACACGCAUGAAUAUGCACACACUGCUUUCCUAAAUAUUUAGAUAUCAUAUGGUAAAUAUGUAAUUAACUCAUUUAUAAACUGUAUCACAAAAAUAAUGCACCUUCUACAUGUGUGAAUACCAACUAGAACUGUAAAUCUUCUAUGCACCUGUUAUACGUGCACGAGUGUGUGUGCUCGCGCACUUGUAUCUUAUUAGCCUGCAUACACAAUCAUUCGCUUUGACACUUUAUUUGAAGACUAUGCAGUUUUUUGUUAAAUGAGCAUUUCAUACCAGCAGUUUAAAAGUGCAACUUAACCGUUUGUGUCCCAACUGUCCUUAUUUGCUUUUAAAGUGCCCCGCAAAAAAGUACCUAAAUAAAAAAAGAGUAGCUCAAAAGAAAGCACAUAAUGUACAUGUAAAGAGAAUUUACACCUUUUUCUAGCAUCGUAUUAGAAAUAUAUUUUGUAAAAAUUAAACUAAACCAAAGUGUAACAUAGUAAGACUGCCUGAUCUAGUGAGGUCCCCCUUUGCGUGGCUUUCAACUAAAAUGCAACUAUCUGUGGAAACAGCUCAUACAUAGACAUUGAGCAGUAGCUAUAGAAUAAAAUGUCACGAAUGAACACAUACAAUAUUAAGAGUGACAACCUUUUUCUUUCCUUGAACCUCAUAUACUUUGCAUUUUUAAAUUUCCUUAAACAUAAUUAACUAAAUCUUUAAAGCUGAUUGUGAUUGAGUAUGUUUCUGUUUACAAUUCACUCAAAGGAAAAGUAACACACUGUGCAUAUUAUUUUAUUCAGGUUUCUUAUUAUGAUACUGCAGUUGUGCCUUUAUUUCUUUGCCUUCUCUUCUAUUGUAAUCUUUAGAAUUUAGGGUUUCUUACCUCUUUCCAGCUAGUGCUUUGAAACUAGAUCAGUUUUUGUAUUUCAAUUUCAAACUUUUAUGCUUUAGAUUAGAUUGUUCUUAUUUUAUUGCUUUGUGUUUUUUUUCUAAAAUGAGGUACAAACAUUUCAAAAUAAAGAUCAAUGCUUUUAAUUUUUUGUGGAGGGGAAUGCACCCAAUACUUUUCCUAUUAAAAUAAAUAAAGUGAUAUAUAUGAUAAAGGUCUUAACAGAAA